CUAGUAUCCAUCGAUCCUUGACUGCAAAAAACACAGAAGAAUCAUAAAAGUAUACCAUGGAAAACCAGUAUGAUGCAUACAUGGGACACAACCAAGUCAGCGGUAAGACCAUGCUAUUCGCAGUCAUCGCCGGAAUCACAAUUGGAGGACCGCUUCUGGCGUUGAUGGGUUUCAGUUUCUUGGCUACGAUGACUCUGUUUGUAAUCAGUUCUCCACUUCUGAUUAUCUUCAGCCCUCUUCUCAUGGGUGCUGGCUUUGUGUUCGUAGCAUCGUUGGUGGGUUUCGGUGCUGCUGGCUUGAUGGCGAUCGCUGGGCUGUGGGCGUUGGGGUGGGUUUUCCCGUCAGUUAAGCGAGAUGGAUUGGAAGGUUUGGAAUAUGCGACGGAGAAGUUGGUGGAGUUUGGGGAGAACGUGAAAGACACCGGAAAGGAUUGGGGUAGUCACCUUAAACAGACGGUGCAAAACUCGCCGGAGAAUAAAACGGCCAACAGAGCUUAAGAGUAGUAAACACUUGUACGUUUUGAAUGAAUAGUCGUUGUACUUCGUUAUAUAUUAAUAAGAAUCUCUUUGUAAUCUCGUCCA